AGCGCGCCAUUUGCUCGGUUGUGCGCCGCGAAGGGGACCGAGCUCCGAGAGGAUGAGCAGCUCGUCGUCCGAGGAGCCCCGGAACAACAACGCUAAGUACGCCGGAGUCCGCCGCAGGAAGUGGGGCAAGUGGGUGUCCGAGAUCCGUGUCCCCGGCACGCAAGAGCGGCUCUGGCUCGGCUCCUACGCCACCCCCGAGGGCGCCGCGGUCGCCCACGACAUCGCCUCCUACUGCCUCCGCGGGCCCUCCUGCCUCGACAAGCUCAACUUCCCCGCCCUUCUGCCGCCCAGCGCGCGGCCCGGCAUGUCCCCGACGUCGGUCCAGAGGGCCGCCUCGGACGCCGGCAUGGCGGUCGACGCGCAGCACAUCACCAGGAGGCCGAACGAGGAAGCGGACGGGACGAGCGCUGGCCACCACCCCAGGGCCGACGGCACGCACGCCGGUUUGGAAUGCGCGCACGGGAGUGAGGCCUGUUCCGGGACCUGGGAAGGGAGAGGAGGAGAUCACGGAUUGAGCAUUUCGGUGGAUGACUACUUGUGAAUCUGUGAUUUUCCCUUACACAUUAGAUUAGAAUGCAACAUAGCCCCGUGUAUAUUAUUACAACGACAUCAUAUCACUUGACUGCUGAGUGUACGACCAGUUCUGACUGCUUGGUCGAACCGAAAAUAAUUCAACAAACUGGCAUGGAUGAACAGUCGACGCCAGAUUCAUACGGAGCUCAGCUUACUGUCUGUAUCUAGUGGAAUUAGCUUUGACACGACAGUAUCUCUGAUUGAUCAUGCAAU